CACACGUGAAGCUUGGGGGUGUUGUGAAUUCUUCUGUUACUGUAUUUAUUUGUCCAAUUCCCGUUCUGUAUUCACUUACAAUGGUAGAAAUAGAUGAGGAUCCCCAGAUGGGGUUUGAGUCCGAGGAAGACGACGACGAAUUAUCAGACGGCGAGCUGCAAGAAGCUUUCGCCAAGGGUUUGCUCAAACCUGGAUUGAAUGUUCCUCUGCUCGAGCCAAAGAAGGCCAUCAACAAUGUGGAGGGUCUUAGGAAAUGUCUGGCUGAGUUUAAGAGGAACCUGCCGUGGGCUGAAAGGCUGGACCUCACUAACUACCCAGCUGUUGACAUUGUUGCAAAAGCGGAGGGCAGAGCGCAGCAACCUGAAGGUAGUGAAGACGUCAGUGCAGAGGAUGACUUUCAGAGGGAGAUGUACUUCUACCGGCAGGCCCAAGCAACUGUUUUAGCGGCGCUGCCAAAACUGCACAAGUUCAAGAUUCCUACCAAGAGACCUGAGGAUUACUUUGCAGAGAUGGCCAAGACUGAUCAGCACAUGCAGAAGGUGAGAAAAUCACAUGACGCAUGUAGUUAUUUUUAUUCUCAUUCUCAUGUCAUGUUUUUUAGUCCAAAUUCUAAGAAGAAAUACAAGGAUAAGAAGUUUGGCUUUGGGGGAAAGAAGAAGGGCAGCAAAUGGAACACCAAAGACAGCCAUGAUGACGUUUCAGGAUUCAAGGCCAGAAUGGCUCAUGGGAAAGGUGGGAAACAAUUCGGCAAAGGAGGCAAGACGAAUAAACGGCCAGGGAAAGAGACCAGGAAGAAAAUGAAGGCACGCAAAUGAGCUGUAUCUUCCCAUUAGUACCUCACACUCAAAUGAAUUGUGCCAUUAAAAAUACUUUUUUUUUUUUUUUUUUAUCUCUGUUUCCUAUUACUUGGGUGAAGUCGUGGCUUUGUUCUUUUUUUUGACAAACACCUUUGUAUUUUUCAAAAGACUUCUCCAUGUUGCCCGAGCGCGAAUAUUUU